UCCAUCAGGAGUUCAUCUUACAAGCCCAGGACAGGAUGAUUACCUACCUCCAGAAGUGGCAGAUGCUCAACAGCAGCUCCAUCAGCGAGUUCCUCCUCCUGGCGCUGGCAGACACGCGGCAGCUGCAACUCCUGCACUUCUGCCUCUUGUUGGGCAUCUACCUGGCCGCUCUCCUGGGCAACGGCCUCAUCAGCACAGCCGUAGCCUGCGACCACCGCCUGCACACCCCCAUGUACUUCUUCCUCCUCAACCUCGCCCUCCUCGACCUGGGCUGCAUCUCCACCACUGUCCCCAAAGCCACGGCCAGUGCCCUCUGGGACACCAGGGCCAUCUCCUACACUGCCUGUGCUGUCCAGGUCUUUCUGUUUUCAUUCUUCUUGUCAGCUGAAUUUUACCUUCUCACUGUCAUGUCCUAUGACCGCUACGUUGCCAUCUGCAAGCCCCUACACUACGGGACCCUCCUGGAUGGUAGAGCUUGUGCCAGCGUGGCUGCAGCUGCCUGGAGCACUGGGCUUCUCAAUUCUCUGCUGCACACUGCCAAUACAUUUUCACUGCCACUCUGCCGAGGCAACACUGUGGACCAGUUCUUCUGUGAAAUUCCUCACAUUCUCAAGCUCUCUUGUUCGUACCCCUACCUCAGGAAUCUCAGUCUUAUGGCAUUCAGUGUAUUUUUGUUUUUUGGGUGUUUUGUUUUCAUUCUGCUUUCUUAUGUGCAGAUCUUCAGGGCUGUGCUGAGGAUGCCUUCUGUACAGGGACGGCACAAAGCCUUUUCCACGUGCCUCCCUCACCUGGCCGUGGUUUCCCUCUUUAUCAGCACUGGCUUCUUCACCUACCUGAAGCCCCAGUCCGUCUCCUCCCCAGCCAUGGAUGUGGCAGUGGCAAUUCUGUACUCGGUGGUGCCUCCAGCAGUGAACCCCCUCAUCUACAGUGUGAGGAACCAGGCACUGAAGGAUGCCAUUUGGAAACUGUUAUUGUGGAUGUUUCCCAGUAAUUGUAAUGAUUCCAUCUCUCUCUCCAGGUGACUUCUAGUGUAUCCCAUUCUAAGGUUGUGCUUUGUUGUUUUCCAUUAGUAUGUUUUUUUCUUUAAUAUUUUCUAACUACUUGUGCUUCUUCUGUUCCCCUCCAAUACUUUCCAUUUCUCUCUUCUCCCUCCUUGAUUCUAUGGAUCUUGAGAUUUCAGCAUAUGCCUCAUUGUGUCUGAGAUGAAAUAGCAGCAAAGAAAGUACAUGGGCAAUGAGUGAAAUCUGUGUUUGACACAAUGAGAAGAUAUUUUCUAUUGCUUAGAGGUUUUCCAUUGCGGAAUGUGGAUUCAGCUGGGGAUUCUGAUGGAUGAAGAGCUGGCCGUGAACCAGCACUGCGCUCUUGUAGCCUCGAUGAUCAGUGGUAUCCAGCGCUGCUCCAACAGAGGUGUGUCCAGCAAUGAGAGGGAGGUGAUUUUCCCCUCUACUCUACCUUUGUAAGGCUCCAUCUGGUACACUGUGUCCAGGCCUGGAGUCCUGCACAAGGAAGAAAUGGAGUUGUUGGAGUGGGUACAGAGGUGCACCACAAAGAUAAUCAGAGGGCUGAUUAAAGAUUGUGGAAGUUCAGAUUGUUUAACUUGGAGAAGGAGGGCUCUGGAGAGAGCUCACAGUGAUCUUGCAAUAUUUGAAAAGAGCUUACAAGCAGGAGAGGGACUUCUUAUGCUGGAAGAUAGUGAUCCAACAAGAGGAAAUGGAUUUAAACUGAAAGAGGGGAAGUUUGUGUUGGAUGCUAUGAAGAGGUCCUUCACUCAGAAGGUGGUGAGUCACAGAGAGUCUGCCCAGAGAAUUUGUGGAUGCCUCAUCUCUGGAGGCAUUCUAGGCCAGGCAGUCUGGUCUUGUGGUUGGCAACCCUGCCUACAGCAGGAGGGUUGGAACUGGAUGAUAUUUCUGAUCUUGCCAACGAAAGCCAUUCUAUGAUUCAGUGGACGUAAGU